AUGUCUUCCCAACCAGACCAUCCCUUCCUGCUCAUCCCAGGACCAAUUGAGCUAGAUGAUACCGUCCUUAAUUCCAUGUCUCACUACGCCCAAUCUCAUGUCGGCCCGCCCUUCGUCAACAUCUUCGGCGAAACCCUCAGCAUGCUGCGGAAAAUGCUGCAGACCUCCCAUCCCAGCUCUCAGCCCUUCAUCAUCUCCGGAUCUGGCACGCUGGGCUGGGAUCUCGUCGCUGCAAAUCUGGUAGAGAGAGGGGAUGAUGUGCUGGUGUUGCAUACAGGCUAUUUCGCGGACUCGUUUGCCGAUUGUUUCGAAACGUACGGAGUGAGAGCGGAGCAACUGAAGGCGCCAAUCGGGGAUCGUCCAGGUCUAGAGGAGGUAGAAGCGAAGUUGAAGGAGAAGAGAUGGAAGAUGAUUACCGUGACGCAUGUGGAUACGAGCACGGGAGUGUUGAGUGAGAUCAAGGGGUUGAGCGAGUUGGUGCAUAGGGUUAGCCCUGACACGCUUGUGGUUGUGGAUGCUGUAUGUGCCGUGGGGAGCGAAGAAAUUCGCUUCGAUGAGUGGGGUCUCGAUGUGGUCUUGACAGCAAGUCAGAAAGGCCUGGGGUGUCCACCGGGGCUGUCUAUUGUGAUGUGCUCUGGGCGAGCGAUGGACGUAUUCAAGAAUAGAAAAACGCCGCCGGCGAGCUAUUUUGCCAGUAUAAAGAAUUGGCUGCCAAUAAUGCAGAACUACGAAGCCAAGAAACCAUCCUACUUUGCCACUCCACCUACGCAGCUGAUUACCGCCUUGCACACCUCACUCACCCAAAUCCUCUCUCGCCCGCUCGCAGAACGAUUCGCUGCCCACCGGGAAGCUUCACAGCGAAUAAAGAAGGCGGUCACAGAUGUGGGGUUGAAGCAAUUGGCAGAAAAGCCGGAAAACCAGGCCAGCGGCAUGACAGCUAUGUAUCUUCCCAAUGAUUUGAAGGCACCAGAAGUUCUGCCCAAUAUUCUGAAAAGAGGGGUCAUUUUCGCGGGCGGUUUGCACAAAGAGAUCGCUGCAAAGUACAUAAGGUUUGGGCAUAUGGGUGUGAGUGUGACAGAUUUGAAAAGGGGCGAUAUUGACAAGGCUCUACAGGCCUUGAGAGACGGACUGGCAGAGGUUGGAUAUAAAGCCCCAUGA